AUUCAUUUGUUUAUAUCUCUGCUUAUCAAAAAACAAAUUUUUUUUAUAUCUCUUAAUAUAUAUCUCAAUGUUCCUUUUGAGUAUAAUGCCAUAGCAUCAAAGAACUGGGAAACCAUUCGAGUUGAAGACCUUAAAAUUAGGAGCAACGAGUUUGUUGCUGUGAUCUGUAUGAUGAGGUUCAAGAGUUUGCUUGAUGAGACUAUUGAAAUGAACAGUCCUAGAGAUGUUGUUCUGCGUUUGAUUAGGGGGGAUAAACCGGAUAAUUUUUCUCAGUCUAUCAUAAAUGGAUCUUUCAAUGCCCCUUUUUUUGUCACACGGUUUAGGGAGGCCUUGUUCUAUUAUUCUGCUAUUUAUGAUAUUUGUGACACUGUCAUACCCCGGGAUAACCAAUGGAGGAUGAUGAUUGAGAGGGAGAUGGUGGGCCGGAACGCUAUGAAUGUGAUAGCAUGUGAAGGUUUGGAGAGGAUUGACAGGCCUGAGACAUACAAACAGUGGCAGGUUAGGAACACAAGGGCUGGUUUCAAGCAAUUUCCUCUGAACCAGAAAUUAGUGUCCAAAUUUAGAACCAAGUUAAGGAAAUGGCACCAUGAUGAUUUUGUCAACAAUUGGAUGCUUCAAAGUUGGAAAGGACGCAUUUUGUCUGGUUCUACUAUUUGGGUGCCUGCAUAAUAACUUACAACACUAAUGUAAGGUAUAAUUGUAAGAAUCCGUCCUAGGUUUUUACUCUGUCCAUUUUUCUACUUCCUUCUUUUUUCCUGUUUAUGUUUUUUGAGUUAUAGUCCUACCAAUACUUGGUUACUUGAGAUAUUUCCGCAUAUAUCUAGCAAUACCAUCAUCUUCUCCAAAUGAAAUGGUUCAAAAAAAGAAUCUUCUCCAAAUGAAUUACUGUGCGUUUCAAGUUGAGAUGACACUAAUUCAAAUUGGUAAAAGACCAAUUGCAAAAUUUAGAAAUUAGGGGAUUUUGUGCCGUACCGUAAAAGGAAAAUGAUUUUGCAGCUGCAAUUUUGGCGAGACAGGCUGUGAUAUAGAUAAGGGUCUCUCUCUUUUUUUUUUUUUGGUUACAUGUGGAAAGGAUUGGUCUGUUUGAUUUCCUCAUUUUUAAAGAAAAUAAAGCUAAAAACAUGUUUGGUUGAUAUUUAGAAAAUGUUUUCUUUAAAAUAUGAUAAAUAAAUAAAAAUUGUUUGUAGUAAAUGAGCUACCGCCAUCGUCUCCACCUCCAUCACCACUUGCGUCACCACCGCCACCACCGCCAACGAUACGACCACCUGCACCACUGCCACCACCAUCUCCACUAUUGUCGUUGCCGCCGCCACCAACCAGUGACAUGAAAAGCGGUGAUGGAGGCAG